UACAAUUAUGCGAGAGAUUACGCGAGCGACAUCUGGUAAAAUUAGUUUACUUUCGCUCAAGUUGGCGGGUGCAUUUACAGAAAAUGUUAUGUUAUUGUCAUAAUAGGUGAUCAAUUCUCUAUCAGAGUUCAUUAUCCUGAUUUCUUUGUGUUAAAUUGAUCAUCAUGCCUAAGAAAUUCGUUGGUGAGAAUAGCAAGGCUGUAGCAGCCAGGGCAAGAAAAGCUGCUGCUAAGGAAGCUGAAAAUACAAAGAAAGCUUUGGAAGCUGAAGAGAAAGCUUGGCAGGAUGACGACAAACAAGUAUUAAAGAAGAAACAGAAACAGGAGGAACUCGAGAAGAAAAGACAGCAACAAUUAGAAAAGAAGGCUGAAGUGAAAGCUCUAUUAGAAAAAGAAAUGGCAACUAUAAAAGUAGGAGGCAAACAACCUACUGCUAAAAUUACAAAGGCUGAAAUAAUGGCAGCUAUGGAGAAGCGCAAUCAAGCUGCGAAAAGUGAGAAGAAAAAGGAAGAAGAAAAACCAAUCGAAGAAAAUUUGAAUAGGAUUAUUGUCGAAGGCGAAAGUGCACAUGGUAUAGACGAAGCAUUAUCGAUUUUAAGCGUGAAAGAUUCGGAAGUUGAUCGUCAUCCCGAGAAACGUAUGAAAGCUGCUUAUGCAAGUUUUGAAGAGAAAAUGAUGCCUAUUAUUAAGGAACAAAAUCCUACUUUGAGGCUCAGUCAAUUGAAACAGAUUUUGAAAAAAGAGUGGAUGAAAUCUCCUGAAAAUCCGCUCAAUCAAAAGCUUUUUAACAAUUGAUAUUAGUGGUAUAUUCAUUGAUAGUCUGCGCACUUUCACAUGACUGAAUAUAACUUUCUUAUCUUAAAUGUUUGAAAAAAAAGGAAAAAAAAAAAAAAAAAAGUAAUAUGUGUAAGUAUAACAGAUAAAAUUGGUUCACAGUUUUAUUGUAAACGAAUAAGUUAUAUUCCAAAAUGCUAUAGGAUAUAAAAAAAAUUAACAUAAUAUAAAACAUCUUUGGUGCAACUUAUGCGCGAAUCUAUAAUAGCCUCCGUUCGGUAUCUUAAAUCUUUGCUUAUUGACAGAGAGACCUUUGUCGAAGUUUAUAGAAAGAUUCUAAAAAAAUAUCUUAAAAAAUAUAUGUUUUGGCACAUUUAUCAUGCUGUAGGUGUAGAAGAUAUUUUUACAAUUUCGCAAUUGUCGUAUCAUUCAAUGGAAAGUAAUAAAACCAUAACAAAGUAGAGCUCGAAAAA